AUGGUAUACACGAGCCUUUUCUAUCGCGACUCCUCCGCCAGCCCCAGAAAUGUCUUCUUCUCCGGAGACCGCUUGGCGUUUGUCACGCGACGAGGCAAAACCACAUGGAUCAGCAACCGCGAGUCGCAUGCUCCACGCUACAUGGACACGCGGGCCAGUGCGGUCAUGAUGGCGUACCUGUUAUUGUGCAAGCCGCUGGAGGAGCUGUUUGCUGAUUACUUGCAAGAUCGAGACGAAUUGAUCACGUCUGAGGCGAUAGAUCCCACUUCCCUGACGGAAGAAGAGCAAGAUGAGCUCGAGGCCGACGCGAUGAAGGUCGAAGAUUCAAUCGAGCCAGACACUGUUGGCUCUGUUGACGACCAGCACGACGAUCUACGAGCGGCCAAGCGUGUCGCACAGGAGGGCACGUAUGAGCUGCUGUUCAACAUUGCGCCAAUGCAGCUCGAAAAACAGCUUCGGCCAGGCCAAGUCUACCGAACCAUCCAGGCCGUGACCAAGCGGUUUCUUGGAACCAGCAUCACUGUCAGCGCAUGGCGGCACAUGAGCGUGGCUUGGCUGCGUACACUGGUGUUGCAUCAUACGCCCGAGCCUUCAUUGGGGGCGUUGAAUGUGGCACACUCUCAAAGCCAGCAUGCAGGCAGAACGGCACGCAACGUCUAUGGCCGCACGCAGCUCGAUCACAAGUUUGUGUCCAGUGAAGCACAGUACGGCCAUCAGUUUGUGUCUGAAGAAUGGCACAAGCUCAUGAAGCUGGUAGAUGUAGAGGAUCAGAUCCAAGCCGAGGCCGUGGAUGGGCAGACCUGCGUGCAACAAGUGGUUCAUAAACAGGUGAUCAUCCAGUCGUCUCGGGUCAGAAACGUCAGCACACAGGUGCAAGCGACCGUGGGCACGCAAACAGAUCCCGAGGUUGAAGCCUGCCUUGAUGCUGAGGACGACAUUGACGAUAUCAUUGCCGGGUUGGAUUUAGACGAAGCCGAGGCAGCCGAAUCGUCCAUGCCAGUUGCCGUGCUGCGAGCCGUGGAAGAGGCUGCGUCGACGGCCUUGCAGCAAGAGCCAAGCCAGCACAAUGACAAAACGCAGCAAGAAGAGUGUGAGGAUCAGCUUUGGCUUGCUCAAUGUGUGCGGCAAGCGUGGAAGACAACAUUUCGCGACUGGGAUCAGUAUCGAUUGGCACAGGCUGUGACUCGGCACGAGGCCCAGGACGGCUGGCUGUUGGCCGUGGCCCCGACGGGCAUGGGCAAGACGCUGUGUACACUUGCUCACCUCCAGCCACGCAGGGUCGUGGUGUGGGUAGUCCCGCUUCGUGAGCUUGCCAGAGACUUGUGCCGCCGCUUCGAGCAGGCUGACAUUGUAUCGCAGUGGGCUAAGAAUGAUGGCCGUGACAUGCAAGUCAACGUUCAAGUGAUUGUCAUGACGGUUGACUUUUUGGUUGGCCAUGGGAUGAGGUGGGUGCAAACACUCGUGCAGCAGAAACGUCUGGCCAUGCUGGUGAUGGACGAGGUUCACACAAUGCUCGUGGACACUAGCUAUCGAGACAGCCUUGUUCGCUGCCCAAGCCGGCUGGACCAUCUUCGCCAAAACCCAUCUGUCAA